GGGGCAUACACCUCUACACCAGGCCGCAUAUCAGGGCCACGACGAAGCGUUACAGCCUUGCUAAAGGCUAAUGUAUCUGCAAAUAGGCAAAGAAAGACAUUUUAAAUGUCGCUGCUUGGUGCCACAGUCAAUGGUAAUGUAGAAACAGUCAUCACUCUGCUUCGAGCGGGCGCAGACGUCGACAUGGCCGACGAGGAGGGCCGCCCUGUAGUCCACAAAGCGCGACGGGGUAAUCUUGAAAUCAUGGGCUUCCCGGUGGUGCACAAGCCAGCCAGAGAUUAUUGAUACCCAGACGGCAGAGCAAUGGACCCCUCUUCAUAUUGCUAAGUCCAUAUCAGAAACAGACGUUGGUAGAUUUCUGAACAAUGUCGGCAGUACCCCGUUGCACUUGGCAAUAAAUGCUGGCACCUGCCAGGCAGAAGGUAGAUACUAAGCUAAGAAAGCACCCUCGAGCAAGAUACUAUACUUGCGUCGAGACUUCUCGAACUCGGCGCCAACCCCUUUAGGACGAGUCGCGCAGUCAAGCGUCUUGCUUUGAGCUCGCUAUUCUACCCCAAAAUGUGUCAAGAUUAGACUUUAUUCACACUUGCCUAGACAAACGAGUGGUAUAUCUUUACUCAGAGACACUGGGCCUGAAUUUCAAGGUGCUCCGUCUGGCAACUGAUCUAAAUAGGUAAGAAGGCUAGGAAGAGCUGCAAAAGCUGAGGGAAGAAGUCUCAGCUGCCAAAGAUCAAGAUGGCUGGCACCUCAAUCAUUUUGUUCAUCAAUCUGCG